AUGCCGAGCAUCAACACUUUGCUGUUGGCGGCCUUCGCCACUGUACAGGCCGUCCAGGGAGCCACGUACCCUGCAUCAGGAUCUUCCACGUAUCCGAAAAUCUCGGAAGAUGGCCGUUGCGCAACCAACGGUGCUACUUGCCUAGGUUCCAAGUUCGGAGACUGCUGCGACCAACGUGGUUACUGCGGUGGCAAUCGCAACUACUGCGGCAGAGGAUGCAACCCAGUGUAUGGAAAAUGCUCUGGUGAAAAGCCACCUUGCACUACUUCGUCAUCUGUUGUACCUACUCCUGAGCCUUCACCAGAGCCUACUCCUGAGCCUUCACCAGAACCAACUCCAGAACCGACCCCCGAGCCUACUCCUGAGCCAACUCCCGAGCCUACUCCUGAGCCUCCUUCUGGAAACUGUGGAGCUCAGAAAUACCCAACGUCACCCAGGGGUCUGCAGAGUACGACUCCUGGAUCCAGCAUUUCCGCGUGUUCUGAGUCCUGUCUCGCGAAUCCCAGUUGCAGGUUCUUCUUCUUAUACUCGCAGACGACCUGCUAUAUCUUCACCAUUCCGUUGUCUGAGGUCACUCAAUUUACCGUCACCAACCGAGUUCUACUAUAUGAAAGGUCUUGCUUCGAGCCGGUUGUCACACCUACUCCCACUCCUACUCCUACUCCUACUCCUACUCCUACUCCUACUCCUACUCCUGAACCCACUCCUCAGUCUCUCGUGUGCCAUCAAAAGGGCUACGCCAGCGGUCAGGACGGAUCCUCAGCCUACAGUGUCCAAACCGCAGACAGUGAUGCUUCCUGCCUUGCGAUCUGUCGAUCCCAGUCCCAAUGCACGUUUGUCAUCCUCGCCAGUCAAAGAGACUGCUUCCUCUACAAUACCGUCUACAAUAGGAACUCGCCAGUGGUCCCACUGGAUUACAUUUCGCUCUCUGAGAGGGAUUGUGACAUCUAG